AUGGACCGGGAUCGGUUCGAUUCGGUCGGUCGUCUGCCCGGUGUGGAUGGCAUGCGCCGCUCCUACGCCGUUGACCGUACCAUCCAUCGCGCCACCAUGCCUGGCCCCGCUGAUUACUCGCGCGUCGACUCGGCCCGCCGCUACGCCCCCCCACGCCGGGAAUACAGCGACUAUGCUGGCCCCGCCUCUAGUGGGCGCCGCUAUGCCCCCGACGAACAUCUCGCACCCACUGCCGGCGCCAGCACAGGGGCUGGCAACGAUCAACGAUAUGUCAAACUCCUCGAACGUGACAUUGAGGCCCUCCGCGAAGAACUCCGAGCCGCCCGCGAACGUGCUGACAACCCAGAACUCCUUCGCGAGCUGCGCGAAACUCAAGAUGGCCUCCGGGCCGAAACACGCCGCGUGCAUGAACUCGAGGCCCAACUCCAGGGCAUGGCCGCCGCCGAGGAUAAGCUGGCUGCUGUGCAAGCUGAUUACGACCAACUUCGCGACGAGUUCCGGGAACAGCAGCUCCAACUUAACGGUCUCGAACGCGACCUCCACCACGCCGAAGAUGCUGCGCGAAGCGCCGAGCAACGCGAAGACACCUACUCGGAUCAGAUCCGCCGCCUAAAGGAGGAUAUCCACGGUCUUCAAGUGGAGCUUCGGGAAAAGGAGCAAGCGUCCGCCUUGGCAGAGCGCCAACACCUGCACGACCGAGAGACGCAGGCCCUCAAGCACAGUCGCGAACUGACCGCGGCCCAAAACGAGGCGGUCGCUCUGCGCAACGAACUUCGCACCAAGGAGCAAGAACUGGCUGCCCGAAAGCAAACCAUCGAGUCGUUGGAAGCGCGCUUCAAGAAGGAAAUCGACCAUACCAAGGAGAGUCGCGCCGCCCACGACCGCAUCCUGGCCGAGCUUAAAGAAUCCAAGGCCGCGCUCGAAGCCGAUGUGCGUGCCGCCAUGCAAGGCACAGCAGCUGCCGAGGCUCAGAUCACGCGCAAGGAUGAGAUGAUUCAACUUCUUGAAGCAGACACCAAGCAACGCGCUGAGCGCAUUGCCCAACUCGAGGAAAAGAACGAGGCCCUCCGCGUUCAGUUCAACGAGCUGCGUGCCUCCAGUGCCGAGCUUGAGGCCGAGCGCAACGGCCUGCAGAACCGUGUCGCGGACCUUGAGAGUCAAAUUGAGACGAGUGAUGCCCUUCGUAAGGAAGCCGAUGAACGUGAGGGUCGUCUCCAGGACCAGCUCACCGAACUCGCCGAUGCCCUUCAAGCUACCGAUGCCCAGCGACGUGCCGGAACCGUCCUCAACCGCGCAGAAACCGUGAUGAAGGAGUUGGAGACGCUGCGUGCCACAGUGGCCGACCUCAAAUCCGAGCACGGUACUCUCUCGCUGGAGAGUGGCGGCAAGGAUUCCCGAAUCGAGCAGCUGCAGGCUACCCUGGCUCGCACCGAGGAGGGCCGGGCCAACGCCGAUGAACAAAUCUCCAACUUGCGCGAUGAACUGCUCCAGCGCACGCGUGAGCUCAAGGAUCUGACCCUGUCCCACGAAGCACUUCACCGCGAGCACCGCGCGGCUUUGGAGAAGCUGGCUCGUGUCGAAGAGGUGGUUGCCUCCAAGGACGAGCACAUUGAAAACCUGCGCACGCAGCUCCAAUCCAUCAAGGAGGACGGCCACGGCCGUGCCGAUGAACUGCGAGACACCUUGACCCGCGCCACAUCCGAGUACCGCGAUGAGGUGGCUCAACUCAAGGCCGAGCUCUCGCGCCUGCAGACGGAUUCCAGCUCGGACCGCCACUAUGCGGCCGUCUGCCGCCGCUUGGGCCGCCUCCUGCGUCUGGACCCUAGCCUACCGGACACGGUCUUCUCUGAGCGCAUCUACACCAACAUCAAUGAGCUCGUGGACAAGGUCGCCAAGCUCGAAGAAUCGGCGCGCAAUAAUGCCGUCUACCCGCCGCCUACCGCGCUGGGCUUGACGCAUGAAGACACGCUUCGCAACUCGUUGCACCGCUCCAUGACCGGCGGUUUGGCCAGCAACGGUCUUGACACGGCCAAUCGCUACGAAACGUCCUUGAUGCGCGAUGACCUGCGCCGCCGCGAGCAAGACUACGCUGAGCUGCAGAUGCGUUUUGAUUCCUUCGUUCGCGACGUGGGCCGACUCGUGGACAGCGCUGAUCUGCAUGACCCAGACCUGGUGCUGUCGACGCUCAAGGACAGCCUCCGUCAACGCCGUGCUGCACCUCCCAGCUCCGACCCACCCGCGCACCGUGGUCGCCGUCGCGGUGCCAACCCGAGCAGCUCACUGCCCAGCCGCCAUGGGCGCAGCACGGGCCGACACGACUCGGAUGGCAGCCGCUAUGGCAACCAGCAUGAUGAGGACGACUACCAAAAGCUCAAGAAGAAGCUCUCGACGGCCUUGAAGACAAUCGAGUCACAAGACAUGUGGAUCGACGUCCUUAACCGCAAGCUGGACCGCGGUGAGACGGGUGGCGUGCACGGUGGUCAGAGCCAAGAGACGCGACGCCUGGAGGACCAGAUUGCCUCGCUCAAGCAACAGCUGCUGCAUGCCACUUCACGUCCCGGAACGUCGCUUCCAACCUAUCAGUCGGGCUUGGGUGCCGGGGCGUCUGAUAUCCUGGCGUUUAAGCACACGAUUGCAGACCUGGAGGGUCGCCUGCAGAAGCACAUUGAGUUUCGAGAGCGCCUCCUCAAGGCGCUGGGUAUGGGCGUCAUCUCAGCUUCGGACGAGGAGAUUUUGCUUCGUGUUGAGCAGUUGGUUCAGGGCCUCAAUCGCCCCAUGACGGCCGCCAACAACACCACGAGUUACGGUGGCUAUGGUGGCGUGCAAGCACCGAUCAGCUCUGUGGGUGGCUCCCAGCUGCGGGCCACAACCCCUGGCUAUGCCGACAGUGGAUUCAUGACGUCUGGGCACCUCAACGCGAGUCACAAUUACUUGUCGCACAGCGUGCGCGUGGGCUCGAGUCACGGUCGCUACUAA